AUGAAGUUUUCCUGCUUGAGCAAAGGUGGUGGUUACCAUUUCCCACCGUGUCACAUACUCAACAUAUGUGGUUUUAGCAUUUUAUUGGAUUGCCCAUUAGACCUUUCAGCUCUUACAAUCUUCUCCCCUAUUCCUACUAGUUCAAAAUCCAGUUCCUUCGAUAAAGAGAAUCCCAGUUGCCCAAACCGUAGUGAUUCUUCAGAUUUGGAGGAGCCUAUGGUUCGGAAGAGACAAAAAGUCGAAAAGCCCCUGGAUGCCGAUGAUUUAAUUUAUGCAGAGCCUUGGUACAAAACUGUCAAGAACUUGCACCUGUGGAAUGUCUCUUUUAUUGAUGUGGUAUUGAUAUCAAGUCCAACGGGUAUGCUAGGAUUACCAUUUCUUACUCGAAUGAAGGGUUUUUCUGCUAAGGAACCAUGCAUUGUUUUCUCUCCUCACUGGAGUCUACGGCUCGGUCCUGCUGUUCAUUUGCUCCAGCGUUGGUCUGGGGAUCAAAACUCUCUACUCAUUCUUGAGAGUGGACCGGAUGUUGAUCUGGCUCUCUUGCCUUUCAAGCCUAUGGAAAUGAAGGUUCUUGAAUGCUCAUUUCUCUCUGGCAUAAGGUUGCAGAAUGUUGAACCUUUGCUGAAGAUAUUGCAACCAAAAGUUGUUCUGCUACCUAAAGAUUUGAAGCAGAUUAGCUCUUUGAAAUCAAAUUCAUGCUCGACCUUUCAGUACUGCGUUAAUGAAACGUUACAUAUACCAAGCUUGAAGAACAAUUCAGAACUAGAGAUUGCAACAGACUUAGCUUCCCAGUUUAAUUGGAGGAACUUGAAACAAGAAAAUAUUAAUAUGACGAGGUUAAAGGGAGAGCUCUGCGUAGAUCAUGGCAGACAACGGUUGUCCACUGGCAAUCAAGAGUCCCCAGAGAGUAGACCGCUGGUACACCGGGGUUCACCUGAUUUGGAGAAGCUUUUGGUUGUGUUAUCAAACAAGGGCAUCAAGGCAACGCUUGGGGAUGCAUUUGGUUCUGAAUCAGAAAGUGCUUCUCUAGUACAUGUCCAUGAUCCCAACCAAGCUCUUAUAGAAGUCAGAACAACAAGCACUGUUAUUAGUACUGCUGAUGAAAGUUUGGCUUCCAUUAUUUUUGAAGCUAUAGGUAGUGUUCUAGAUGGUGUUUAGAUGAAGAGAAUUUCACUUGUUUCAUGCAAUUCUUAUCGGCCAUGUUUGGUGACUAGGAUUGGACUGGCUACAUGCAUAGUUUACUGUAUGUACUAUGAGAUAUUGCUACUUUUCUUUGCAAAGGCAACAGUGAAGGCGGCCAGAAGGAUUUCUACCUUACUACCUCUCUUUCCUUUAGCAACUGGACAAAGGAUUAGCUUCCAUGUCUUUCCUUUUUUCCAAAAAUGUUUCUAAUGCUUCCCGACAACAAUUGGUCCAAUUUUUGCAAAUACAACAUAAAGUUACUCUGGAAAGGCAUCUUGGAAUAAAUAAUAUCCUGAAGUGGAAGGACUCCUUUAAUACCUCGGAUUUCCUGGACUGCUCAGAGGAAAUUCUCUUCUUGGAAAGGUAACUUACUGCAGCUCCUAUUGCAAAUAGGGCCCCUAUUUCCAUCCUUUCCCCAGAUUUCCUCUAAUAUUGCUGGUAAUUUGUCUUAAUAAUUUGUCUCGGUAAUUUUUCUGGAGAAAGGAUGGACAUAGGGCCCCUCCUAUUGCUUGGAAGGAAAUCUGUUAACCUUGCAGCUCUUGCAAAAUUGGGUUGGAAUGUUCUUAAUUGCCUCAAAAAUGGUGAGUUCAACUUGUAUGAAAAAUUUAUUAGUUUCAUCACUCCUUUUUUGCUGCUCCUGGAAAGCAAUUUCGGAGGCUAGAGAUCUACUUUGUAAUGGUAAUGAACCGUUGGUAAUGGUGAGCUUAUCUUUUCCUGGACUCGUAUUUGAGUCCUUUUUCCUCUAUUCCAUUCCUUGAUGUCUCUCAGCAGAGUAAUAUUGAUUGGGACCUAAAGGUUUGUAAUUUAUUCAAGAUGGUCGUUGGAAUG